AUGCGAUUUAUCCGUAAGGCGAAAGCAAUGAAGCCUACCCGACACACGCAUUUGAGCUUAGCAAAUGAACUUGAAGAAUACGGCAGCUCUUUGUACGAGGAUCGAGAGGGCAUUGGCAGGGAAAGCCAAGAAUGGUGUCAAAAACUCUUACAAUCACCCCAAGGCAUCCCUAAUGAUACGGUGCUCAGUGACGGUGACCGUAUCCGGCACACACUGGGUUAUCUCCAAUACGGGAAUGAAAAUAGGAUCAUCCGAACCAUCGGCCAAUAUAUUGUGCCUUUGGAAGAAGCCCAAUACCAAGCUCCAUGGUCGGACUACCUCAUUGGAAAAACAGACCAGCGUUGGUCCGACUGCAUUCCCGUGGUGUCCAAGCGUCCACAGCCUGACUGCUCUGUCGGAUUUAAGCGACAAGCCUUUACCAGAGGCCAAUUCCAAGCACUGCAGCUCCAGAAAGAAUCUCCCUUCAGAGUUACCAACAACAUGUUCUUCCCGUUUCUGACGUGCGAAGUCAAAAGCGCAAACACAGCGUUUGAGGACGCUGACCGCCAGAAUGCGAACAACAUGACUGUAGCCGUUGCGGCUCUCGUUGAGCUUUACAGGCGCGCUGGGCGCGAGAGUGAGAUCGACCACGAAAUACUUGCUUUCUCGGUCUCCCACAACCACAAGCAUGUCAGCAUAUACGGCCACUAUCCUGUUAUCCAGGGGCAAGAAACCAAAUUCUACCGCAAGCUCAUUGUUGACUACAGCUUGGCAGAUCCAAAAAUUUGUGAUACUUGGACGGCCUAUCGGUUCACAAAAAAUGUCUAUGAUAUCUGGGUGCCGGAGCAUCUUAAACGAAUCAGUUCUGCUAUUGACGACUUGUUGCUGGAAACCUGUUUCGAGUCAGAACUGGAAGAGCUCGCAUCAUCCCCAAAUUCCUGUAUCAUUCCAAUCUCGCGGUCAAGCUCCGAAGACGUUUCUGGAUGA